CUGUAGGAAAAUUUGUUUGCGUGCCCGCGCCUUCUCAAGAAAUAUUUUCCCCUGCUUCCAAAAUUACUUGUUGAAGAUAAGUAAGAAGUUCUUAAAUUUGUAAAAAUCAGUGCUUGUACAAGCGAAGAGGUGUCCGUCUCCGCAUCCAGUCUGCCGGGUCCUCGAUUUUGUUGAUCUCUUCGAGGGAAGCGAGAAAGCCGCCAGCAACUUCGACGGGCAAUCGCAAAUCACAAUGGAUGAUGAUGCGGAAACAUACAAACUGUGGCGCAUUCGCAAGACCGUGAUGCAGCUGAGCCACGAUCGGGGAUAUUUGGUAACACAAGACGAGCUGGACCAAACGCUGGAGCAGUUCAAGGAGCAAUUUGGCGACAAACCUAGCGAAAAACGACCGGCCCGCUCGGACUUGAUUGUGCUGGUGGCACACAACGACGACCCGACGGAUCAGAUGUUUGUAUUCUUCCCGGAAGAGCCCAAGAUAGGAAUCAAAACGAUCAAGACCUACUGCACGCGCAUGCAGGAAGAGAACAUCCAUCGAGCCAUCGUGGUUGUGCAGGCUGGCAUGACGCCCUCGGCCAAACAGUCACUCGUCGAUAUGGCUCCGAAGUACAUUCUGGAACAGUUCCUGGAGUCGGAACUGCUGAUCAACAUUACCGAACACGAGCUGGUGCCGGAACACGUCGUCAUGACGCCAGAGGAGAAGCAGGAACUGUUGGCACGAUAUAAACUGAAGGAAAACAUGUUGAUGAGAAUUCAGGCGGGUGAUCCGGUCGCACGCUAUUUCGGCCUGAAGCGUGGACAGGUGGUCAAAAUCAUUCGUCCAUCGGAAACGGCGGGUCGCUACAUCUCGUACCGUUUGGUGUGCUAGCGCUGCCUAAAAUCAAAUAAACAUCUCUAACACAGUA